AUGCUCCCUAUCUAUGUUUGGCAUGAACAUGUCAUAUGUCACAACUACCAAAUGCGCCUCGACGGUUCAUUGACCUAUGAAAACCGUGUAUCGAAUCGACAACGGGACGCAUUGGCCGGACCCGGCCAGUCUGAGCGACUCAUACUGUGGCGAGACACAGGUGCCGCUAUAUACAGCAGUUUGAUGGCCCGAGAUACUCCGCAUCGCCGGAGAGCUUUGGAGCUUUGGAGCUUUGGCGCUUUGGCGCUUUGGAGCCUUGGGCUCUUGGGUGUGCGAGAUCCAUGCAAGACCGGUACAACGCGGGAGUUCUGCAGCCGUCAUUCUUGUGACUCGGAGCUCAUCGGGCGGGAAUGA